GUUCUUUCUAAAAAAAACAAACACACUUGAGGAUCCAAAUUCAGCUUAUAUGAAACUUAAAUUUGACUUGUAAUUUAGUUAAUUACUCUGUAGCAGCCAUAAGUACCAGUGUGGGAAAAAAUGUGUUGCAAAAAAACUAAACCUGCCUGUCAAUCUUAACACACCAUCACCAUGGCGACGCACGCUUUUCUUUUGCAGGGACCGGAAAGCUGGUUAUGGUUCACAUGUCGAUAAAAGAAAGACUAAGGAUGUCUGAAUGCAUAUGCCCAUCACACUUUUCAGAUUUUUUAUUUAUAUAAAUGUAUAUAUUAUUAUUAUAUAAUAUUUUCCUUCUACUUUAUAAUUAUGCACUACCUUUUUGUUUGGUCCAUCGAAUAAACUGAUAAUGAAAAAUAUUGAAGUUUGUGAAACAAUUCAAGAGCUAUGUUAAGUAUUACAUUAACUCAAUGCAUUUUUUCCGCUCCUAAUAAAUUUCUUUUCUUCUCUUUAAACAUGUUCAACACAGAAUAACUGAAAUUAUGCUGCACUGAAGAAUGAGAGCUAAAGGGCAGUUAUGCUAUAUGUAAUGAAAUCUUUCCGAAUUUUAUGUCUACUAUAAUCACCAAGACACGGCGUGCAGCUGAGCACACACCACGGCUGUGAGCACAUCACCCUCGCAGCAGAUGAAAUGAAUGUGUUUAUGCGGUACAUGAAAGCUGUCAUCAUUUAAGUCACAGCCAGGUACAGAAUCUGAUGUCAAAUUAUAGCACACGACAGGCGUCACCAUAAGCAGACUCAAAUUGUGAAUCCGUUUGACUUGAUUCACCUGCCAAAAGAUGAGGGGGGAAAGAAAGAGAGGGAUUUUUAAAAAAAACAUUUUUAACAAAGGAACAAACCCCUCCGGAUUCUUUCACCGGCUUGAGAGUGCUCCAUCUCUCUUGAGGCGAACACAAUUGUUUAUAUUUAAAAAAAAACAAACAGGAUACAGCAAUGGUUUUAGGGAUAAAUACAGAUUAGAUGAGAAUAGCUUUAUGAUGUUCACAGAGGAGGUCAUUUAGCCCUCACACUCUGCCUUUAUGGUUUGCGUUUGUGCCCCCAGUGUCGCCAGUUUGGUUAAAUGUCUUGUUAGAACAAAGUUCCCUUUUUAAGAAAGAAUUAUAAAUAACUGUGACCUGAUUACUUGGGACCUAAUUUCUAAAAUGUAGCGUGCGUUAUGUUGAAAGAACCUGAGCGUUGUAAUGAACGUGCUCGUCUGCCUUUUCUUGCCCUCUGCCUCUUUGUUGUUCAAUUAGCAGUUGUUUAUCCACUUCGCACCAGCUCCUCUGCCUCGCCCUGAAUGAUGGCAGGUGUUAGUAGCAUCCUUCUCCUCGUGGCAUUUAGCUUUGAGUGGCAGGAUAAUAAGACAGAGGCGUGAAGCAUGGACAAAAAUAGCUUCAGGCUGCACUUUUAAAAGAUGAAAAACAUGCAGUCUGUGUCUGUUUCACAUGCAUAUUUUAGUUUAAAGCGCUUGGAUCAAAGCCUGGUGGGUUGUUUAAGCACAAAUGGUUAUUCGGAUGAGGUGAGCUCGACGCUCGUGACGGCGCGCACCAAACAAAUCCAAAGCGGCAUGGAACGGAGUCCGCAGGGAAAACACUUAACGUCCCUGGGGGUGAAGCAGAGAGAUUGUUCAUCAUGUAUGAUGUAAGAAAUGUCACAGCACUUGUUUAUAGGAGUCCCACGAAGGAUCAGCGAGGAGGAAGCGUGUUCUUUUACGGCCCAGCUAACUGAUUUAUUUAAUUUGGUUAUUUUAAACGACCCUCAGUGCCUCAUUCAUUUGGGAAGUGCAGGCUUUUAAAUGCGCUUCAGAUUUUUCACGCUAAGGGAGCAGAGAUGUUUUUAAAAGUUAAAAAGCAGAAGUUUUCAAACAUACUGUAUAAAAAUACGCUCUCUGAUAUUAAAACAGACUAAAAUCUUUCUAUUUUAGAAAAGUUAGGAUUACCAAAUGUACUUCUGUUUGCUAAACGGCAGAAUUGUGAGAGAUUUUCGAAUAUUUCUCAAUCUAGAGAGAGAGACAAAGAUAAGAAGAAGUUCAAACCAUCUCUGACAUUGAUCAUAAUAUAAUGGAUCAUUUUCCCAACCACAAUGCGUCUCUGUCUGGAUUUCUAACCAUACAGCCAGAAAAAGAGCAGCAAAAGCAAAUGAGGUGGAUUAGCAGUGCAUGUCAUAACAGUCAACCAUCAAACACCAAUCAUAAACAUUAAUAAUGCCAAUGCUAAAGCACUACAAAACACAGUAUUUAGCUGACACUAAUGCUAACGUUCUAACUUCAAUUUAAAUUAUAUUGAGCACGAAUUUAAUUUUAACAUCAUAACUGACAUUUUCUAUAAUGCCUUUAUGUAUUGUAUUUAUGUUUGCAUGAUGUUCUCUACUGUCUGUGUUUUAUUUUGUUCCUGCAUGUUUCUUGUUUGAAAUAAAGUUUAUCUGGGGGGAGGGAGAGAGAGAUAGAGAGAAAGAGAGAGACGGAGCAUCAGGAGAGCAUGAAUAUAAACAUCUAACUACCUGAAGAAUUCUGAACAGUCAAUAACCACAACUUCAAAACAGAUGUUGAGUAUUAUGCAAAUGAAAGUUUAGAAAAUAGCAAGUAAGUUCUUUAGAAUUAUCAGGAAAAAUUUAAUUUAGGGGAAGCUGUGUGUGAUAAAUAUUUUCAAAGUUAGUAAAAGAAUUAAACAAUAAAAAUAGCUUUGAUAUUAGAACAUUAGUGGAAGUGUGCCUUCCACUGGCGACAGUCUUCAGUCAGAUACCGCUUCAGAUUCACUGCAAGACUGACUGCUACUGGAUGUCCUCCUUGUCCACAGCAGCCCCAUCCAUAAUGAUGUUAUUAAAAGUUACUUAAGAUAUUAAUUAGGUCGACAUUUAAUUUCCCUUUGAGACAAAUAAGGCAUCUUUGAAUUGAAUUUUGAAUUGAACACUUUUUCCUAAUUAGUGGGAAAUAUCUGAUAAACAUUAGCCAUUUUAAGAACCUUUGCACUGCUGUGCUGUUUUGAUAAUCUGAUGCCAAACUGUCAAUGUAACAGGACAUAAAACAAGUUUAUUAAAAAUGUUGCACUUAUUGGUUCCUCUGUCCCUCCUCUGUUAUCAGUCAGCGGGGUGUGAGAUGGGUUGGGUUGUUGAACCAACAGAUCUCCUCCCUCCCUCACUGUUUUUAUAGAUAACAGCAGAACAACUGCAAAUACUUUUAAAAAAAAACCACAUAGCACCAGUUUGUCCACAGCUUCAAGGAGACACUUUCUAAUACGAUGACUGACACGGAUUCUUUGGAUAAGGCGCCGACAGAUGGUGAGAGUGGUGGUCUUAAAAAGAGCAAAAAGAAGCAAAAGAGAGAAAAUGCUUGGAGACCAGAGGGACCCAGAGACCCAUUUGCUAUGCUGGAUUCUCUGCCAGAGAAGGAACAGCAGGAGAUACAGAAAGCCCUUCAUCUCUUCUCUCUGGGCACCAGCUUGCCUAAGACCCUGCAACAGGCCAAAAACCACACCUACCGCUUCUGGGACACGCAGCCCGUCACCAAACUGGGUGACCACAUUACAACUCAUGGCCCAGUCGAGGAGGUGGACGCCAGUAUCCGGAAUGAGCCAUGCUUACUUCCUCAGGGAUUCUCCUGGGAUACUCUGGACUUGAGCAGUCCUAUUGUGUUGGGAGAGCUGUGCCAUUUGCUAAAUGAGAAUUACAUGGAAGAAGACGACAACACAAUCAGAUUUAACUUUUCUCCCGAGUAUCUACUGUGGGCUUUACAGCCUCCAAACUGGCUGCUCCAGUGGAACUUGGGCGUGAGAGUAGACGCAAAUAAGAAGUUAGUCGGUUUCAUUGCUGCUGUACCUGCUGAUGUUCGCAUUUACGACACGAAGAAGGGGUUGGUGCAGGUCAAAUUCCUGUGUGUUCAUAAGAAACUGCGCCUCAAGCGGAUGACACCGGUUCUGAUUCGGGAACUUACCAGAAGGGUCAACCAGCAGGGGAUCUACCAGGCUGUCUAUGCAGCUGGCACAGUGUUGCCAACACCAAUAAGCUCCUGCAGCCAGAGGCAUCGCGCUUUGAAUCCCCGUAAGCUAAUGGAGGUCAACUACCCCGGUCUAAAGCAGAACAUGAAUCUGCAGCGAGCCUUGAAGUUUAACCGCUUACCUGAGGUGACAAAGAUAAAGGGCCUGCGUCCCAUGACUAAAGAAGAUACUCCAAGGAUCCUCUCAUUACUUGAGAAAAACCUCUCCAACUUCCACCUCAGCCCCCUCUUAUCGCUGCAGGAAGUAGAGCACUGGUUCUUACCAAAGGAGAAUGUGAAUGACACCUACGUGUUGGAGGCGGACAAUGGUACUCUGACUGACAUGGUGAGUUUUUAUGCCGUCUCCUCCAGGGUGCUAAACCAUCCAGUUCACACCAGUCUCAGAGCCGCUUGUCUUCUGUACGCCGUCUGUAAUGUCACUAAGAUGGCUGACCUCAUGCAGGACACAUUGGUUCUGGCUAAAGCUAAAGGCUUUGAUGUCUUCUGUGCUCUCGAUGUGAUGGACAACAUGAGUUUCUUGGAAAAGCUCAAGUUCACCAUCAGCGAUAAGAGUGUCCAUUACUACCUGUACAACUGGAAAUGUCCUCUCAUGAGCCCGGACAAGGUCAGUCUGAUGUUUCCCAACUAAUCUGACGCAUUGAAGAUGAAAUGAUCUGCAUCACUACCUGUGCUUUCAGCAUUCACUCUGCUGUACAAAAUAAAAAAACGAAAAGUAACUGAUGGAGCAGUUACAGUCAGAUGGAUUAAUCUAUUACAUUGUAAUGUGUGUGUUUACAUGUGAAUGCACGUGCGUGGGUAUAAUGAUCAACAUCAAAAGCCCUGUGGUUGUAAUGUUACCGUGAUCAGUCCUAAAACUGCAUUAAUAAUUGUCUAAAGCUUCAGCUUUAGAAUGUCAAGAAUAAACAAUCAUAUAAAACUCAUUGUUUAAUUCAGAAUACAUGUUAGACCAAAGGAAAACAUAAUAAAAUCCAUCCUGAAAACCUGAA